AUGGAGGAGUUAGCAAGAAAGAAAAGAGUACGAGCAGGUCAUCGCGGUUACCUGACGAAAGUUGUGGCGUCGGCAGCAGGCUUAGUCGACGCAUUCGAUGAACGAAGAAAGAAUGACGCGGAAGAGCAACGCGACAAAAUCUUGGAGACAGUCGCUAUGCUCCAAAAACUGGAUGAAGACAUCCUUAACUUGAUUGCUGGGGACGAAGAAGCGUCAGAACUUGACAUUGUCAGCGAAGUCGAGGAAGCUGGAAGAAUAAGUUCUGAAGCAAAGUCGAUGGCGAGGAAGCUUCGCCAAAAGAUUGACGGCAAUUGCGCUUCGGAAAAUAGAAUGAACAGUUCGUUAAGGUCUGACGGAGGAGCGUCGGUGACCAAUAGAACAGUUUGCGCAAAAUUGCCAAAGCUGCACGUUAAGCGGUUCAAUGGAAAUGUUUGCGAAUGGCAGGAGUUUUGGGAUUCCUUCGAAAGCGCCAUUCACGGAAAUGGAAGUUUGUCCGACGUUGACAAAUUCAAUUAUCUUCGGGGACUCUUAGGCGAACCAGCGAAGUCAUGUAUCGCGGGAUAUUCUUUGACUUCGGCGAACUACAACGCUGCAAUAGACGCGUUGAAGGAACGCUAUGGGAAGCCAGAAUCGGUCCAACGAGCGCACAUGCAAAAACUUUUGAACUUAGAUAGAGUGAAAGAUCCGAGAGAUAUUACGUCUCUUCGUCACUUGUGUGAUAGUGUCGAAGCACAUCAUCGAGGUUUGGAUGCAUUGGGAGUGGACAGCGCUACGUAUUCAUCAAUCGUGGUACCUUACGUUUUGAACUUGAUACCGGAAUCGAUUCGAUUGUUGAUCACGAGAGGCGAAAACUUCCAUCAGUGGGAUAUGGACGAUAUGUUAAGAGCGUUAAAGUGCGAAGUUGAGCUGCGAGAAGAGCAUCGAGUUCAGAGAGAGCAACGAGAACGGCAUGGUGAUCCUGAGAAGUCAUCAAAUGGAGCCAGGCGGAACGAUACGAAAACAGCAAGCGCCCUCCUGACAAAAUCGGGACCGGUUCGUUGCGCAUUCUGCCUGGGAUGUCAUCGGCAUGAAGAAUGUGAGAAGAUCAAGUCAAUUGAGGAACGUAAGAAUAUUAUUAAGAAAUACGGUCGUUGUUAUAUUUGUUUGGAAAAGGGCCACAUGGCUCGUGACUGUGACAACAAUAUUAAAUGUAGUAUAUGUAAGAAGAAUCACCACAAGGCUCUGUGUGAUUCGGGAAAGGAAAGUAAGCCCCAGGGAACUGUUGGACAAGGGAGUCCUAAGAAUAGUUGUGAAAAAGCAGGAUGCAAUGUUGCUUUGCAAACUGCACAAGCAAAACUGGUUGGUAGUAAGUCGGGACGAGUAAGGGUUUUGUUGGAUUCUGGGAGUCAGAGAUCAUUUGUUACUGAAAGGACGGCUAAAGCGUUGGGAUGUAAAGUCGUUCGUGAAGAAAAUCUGAGAAUAGGAACGUUUGGGAAAAGGGCUUUAGAGAACGAGUUGAGAAGGGUUGUGCGAUUGGAUUUGAGUUCGUUGUCGGGUGGUGAAGUCGUAUCUAUCGAGGCAUAUGUUGUACCAGAAAUAUCAGUAAUUAGUAAUCAACAUUUGGAGGUGGUUCGAAAUAACUUUGAACAUUUGAAGGGGUUGUGGUUGUCUGAUGUUUGUAAGGUAAAUGAGGAAUUGGAGGUAAACGUACUCGUGGGUGCGGAUUACUUGUGGUCGUUGCAGAAAGGUCGUAUUAUGCGAGGGAAGCAGGGGGAGCCUGUGGCUAUCGAGACGGUGCUUGGAUGGGUAGUUUCAGGGCCGGUUGGAAGCACGGAUAAGAAUCAACCCGCCACUGCUCAGGUAAAUUUUUGCUCCGCUAAUAAAACUUGUAUCAACGUAGAAAACUUUUGGGAUUUAGAAAGCCUAGGAAUUAAGGACAAAGUAAGUGAUGUGCAUGAAUCGGUCAUAAACGAUCUUAGUUUUGACGGUACGCGUUAUUCAGUGGGGUUGCCCUGGAGGGAGGGUCACGAUCCUUUACCUACUAACUAUGACUUAAGUCUUAAGAGAAUGAAGGGACAAAUCAGACGACUAGGUAAGAACCCAGAAUUACUGAAGGAAUAUGACACUAUCAUUAAGGCCCAAGAAGAGUUAGGCAUCAUAGAGAGGGUAGGAAAAGAUAGUGUGAUUAAUUCUCAUGCCAAAAUACAUUACAUGCCUCAUCAAGCUGUCGUGCGAAAGGAUGCCAAGACGACAAAGGUUAGAGUGGUUUAUGACGCAAGCGCUAAAGUACUCAAGUCAAGUGUCUCUUUGAAUGAUUGUUUGCAUAUCGGACCUUCACUUAAUCCACUUUUGUUUGAUAUUCUGCUUAGGUUCCGUGAGCAAAGAAUAGCGCUAAUAGCGGACAUAGAGAAGGCCUUCCUAAACAUUGAAGUGCACGAAAGGGAUCGAGAUAGCCUAAGAAAAACUGCUAAAAGCUUUUACGUGGACGAUCUUGCCAGCGGUGAAUCUAGUACAGAGCGAGCGUAUCAGCUAUAUCGUAAGGCCAACGAACGCAUGAAUGAAGGCGGAUUUAAGUUACGCAAAUGGCGGACUAAUGAUAGUGCGUUAAGAUCGCAAAUUGAAGAAGAUGUGCGUGACGUGGAAAGUAGUUGCGUUGAUGAGCAAACGUAUGCGAAAACCACGCUUGCUCAAGUACAGGGUCAAUUUGGUAAAGUAUUAGGGUUGGAAUGGGAUAGCGUCGGGGACGUAAUAAUAUUCGAUUUCGAAAAUUUGAGUGCGAAAGCGGAAAACACGGAACCGACGAAGAGAAAUGUGUUGAGUCUGUUAGCUUGUAUCUUCGAUCCAUUAGGGCUCUUGAGUCCUACGAUUGUUAAAGCUAAAAUUCUCUUUCAAGAUAUUUGUUACAGUGGCGUGGAUUGGGACGAUACAUUGCCUAAAAGUGUGAAAGAGAAGUGGGAGAAGUGGUUGAGAGAUCUAAAGGAGGUAAAGAGUGUUUCAAUAGGCAGGUACUCGAGCGGCGUGACUGACACAUCUGGCUCAGAAUCAAAGCAGAGAUAUUUUUUGCAUGGAUUUGGGGAUGCGUCAAAGCGAGCUUAUUGUGCGGUUGUGUAUCUAGUAGUUUUGAACGGUAACGAUGUUCGUGUUAAGUUGAUUGCCAGCAAAACAAGAGUAGCCCCGAUGAAAGAACUUAGUAUUCCGCGGUUAGAAUUAAUGGCAGCUAGAAUAUUGGCUCAUUUAAUGUCUGCAGUCAGGAAAGCGUUAGAGUCAGAGUAUAAUUUUGAGGGCGUUAAGUAUUGGACUGAUAGUAUGACUGUUUUGUAUUGGAUAGUCAACUCAGGCAAUUGGAAGCAAUUUGUUCAGCAUAGAGUUGACGAAAUAUUAAGGCUUAGUUCAAAAACAGAGUGGAGUCAUUGUCCAGAACGCGGAGGUUUGGUGGUCAGGACCGUCUUGGUUGCGGGUAGUCCAAGGCAUUAUCCUAUGGUGAAGGAGAUAGUUCCCACAGUAGACAGCAAGGUUGAAGAGAAAAGGUCAUUUGUUGUUAACCUAAUCAUAAGUGCAAGGUCAUUGUUUGGAAUUGGCAAUGUCAUUAGCAUAAGUAAAUACAGCACACUUACACGGCUGUUAAGAGUUACUGCGUGGGUGAAGAGAUUCGUCUAUAAUUUGAAACAAAAAAGACUAGGAUUAGAAAUUUUUACCGGACCAAUAAAAGCGAGCGAAAUGAAUGAUGGAGAAUGCGAGUGGAUAAAGUCAGCCCAGCUAGAGUUACGAGAGCAACCCGAGUUUAAGCAGUUAGAAAGACAGUACGGACUGAUAGAAAUGAACGGGAUACUGCAUUGUACGGGAAGAUUGGGUGAAUCAGAUUUGGAGGCAGAAGCUAGAGAGCCGAUUGUUUUGCCUAGGAGACAGUAUUUCACAGAGCUAGUGAUUAGGCAGUGUCAUGAAUCUGUUAUGCAUGGGGGAGUUCGGAGCACGUUGGCGCAACUGAGGUCGAAGUAUUGGGUACCCAAGGGCAGACAGGAAGUUAAGAGAGUGAGCGGUGGAUGUGUAGCUUGUAAACGAUGGAACAGUAAGCCGUGUACACAAAUAAAGCAAGCAGCGUUACCAGAGUUUAGGGUUAGGAGAGCCGCACCAUUUGAAAAUUCAGGCGUAGAUUUUGCAGGACCUUUGUACGUAAAACAAAGGCAAGUAUGA